CUUCUGUCGGACAAAGGUCUGUAGAUGAGGGAUUUUUACCAUUUAAAAUAAACGUAGAGUGACUCUCUGACGACGUAGCCCGCUGGACUCUGCUAGUUCUUCAAGUUCUUCAUGACGUAACUCACUCUACUAUCUCCUCCCCUAUGUAAUUAUGCACCAGGUUCACAUGCCUUGACAAGAAGUGGUGUAAACUGAUAAGAACGCCUUUCCUUUUUUUGUCAUCUUCCGCAUAUCAACUAACCAACAUAUUCGUUGUUAAAAGUCUCUUUUAAUAGAUCAAUGUGAGUGGUGGACGCUAAAAGUGAGGUGAUUUUGACUAACAAACGCGAACAAUAUAAUCGUGAUUGAGGACAUAGACUUGGAUGCAUAGUCAUGUGAAUGUGUUGAAUACUAGGAGGUUUUUUAGGUUGUUGUACUAACCAAGAAGCAGAAAUUGAAAUAGGAUCAUGAUAUUAACAGAUUCGUCUUUCGUAUUGUUCUCGUAUAUCUAAAAACUCAAAAAGAUGGUGCUGGGCGAGGUCGUGUUGCUGAAUCCGGCAUGCCACAGGCUGGAACGACAUUCCUUUGUCAACGGAAACAAAGCUAGGAAGACAUCAACUACUCCUUCUGCUUCUGCUCAUGAUCUUGAUCAACAUGAUCAUGUUGGAGGAGCAGCUACAGUUUCAGUUACUAAUUCCAAAGAUGGUGCGAAGUCGUACAUUGACCAAGUUCUAAGCGAAGAAGGUCGUCUUUUUUUCGAACGUCGACUGCCCGAUGAUGCUAGCGGAAGCUUUCGGCUGUUCUCGGCAGCCGACCAUGGUUUCUUUUGGCUGCCGUCCACCUGGACUGCGGUUCGCGUCCGCUUCCAGAAACUAGGAUGUCAUUGUAGUCCUCCAGGACAUGGACACCUUCCAGGACACCUUCAAGGACACCGUCAAGGUCUCCCAGAGAAACAUCCGCAGCACUACGGCGACCACCACCGGACAGUGCACGUGAAAGAUGCGUACGACAUGCAGCUGCUGCAGGGUGAAAUGAGUGCUCACCUAAGCGAAAGCUACCAUUUAAGACGAACUGAGGUGCGCAAAAUGAACCUAGCUGAAGGAACGAUUGUACUACAUGAUAACUCCUCGUCGUCAUCCAAUGCAGGAGCACCGAAUACGAAUUCAUCCAAUGGUGCAGAACCGACGAACAAUUGUUCGCCAACUACUCAUAAAGUGGGUUCUCCUGUACUGGGAACUUCAUCUCCGGUUGCAGCAGGAGACGAGGCGACUGGUGGGAUGCUGCAUGGACCGUCGCCGUCCCCCCCGUCCUCCUACUUCUCCAGUCGGAUUCCACCAGGGCAGCUAGAGCUUCUGACCAAUGUCGUUGCAUUGUCACAUCCACGCUGGAGAGAGUUUGGCUUCAUAGAGGAUCUCACGACCUCCGAAAUGUUCGUCUACCACGUUGAGGAUUACUCCUUUCUGCUCGCUGAGGUCCAGUCACUGCUAGAUGUUGCCACGCAGGGCGUCAGGAAGGUUGAAGGGUUGAAGGUUGAAGGGUCGUCCUCUUUAUCUGGAGGAACUUCUAGUAAAAGCAAGAUGAGUAUUGCUAGCCGUGACCGCUACAGUCACAAUGACGGAGGUACUUCAAGCCUCCGAUACAGAGCUGCAGCGGGGGCGCUCAUGAAACGCGCAAAGAAAAAGAGUGUAGGUGGUGGAGCAGGAGGAGCUCCUAAGAUGACGAAGAAAAACAAGAAAAUGGUAUCCGUAUCUCAAAAAUCUGUGUCUACGAAAUCGAAAUCAAAGCGGAGUACUACGACCACGAAAAAAGUUCAAAAGUCAUCGAAAAAAACCUCCCGCAUUGAAACGAAAGCGGAACGUCACGAACGCCUCGCAUUGGCACGUGAGAAGGCGAUCGCCACACAUGCUAUCAUACAAAAGCGCAGAGGCGAACUGCAGCAGAGUUUCCUCUCACUAAACGCUAUUCAAGAUGCGAAUCGGGCGACCGCGGCUUCUAAUUCUAGUAAAGGUGGAAGUACAUCAAGUAGUACCACGAAAGCGAAACAAGUGAUGUUGAAAACUAAUGGUCGUAAUAAAGGAAGUGGUGCAACUACAGCUGCUGCUCAUUCGUCCAAUGGAGGUUUUGCUGGUGCUGGAAGAAACACUGCACAAGAACAACUUGAUGACGAAGCAGCCUUGCGCGAAGAGGGUAGCGCUUUUUUAUUGCAUCACCAGCAUUGGAUGUCGGUUCUACGCGAGUCCGUUAACAGCCGAAAGCAUGAGGACCUUUUUAUCACACAAUUGCUGAUGAAGGACCGCGCCGCGGUGCGAAGUGAGGAACUAUUGGAGACAAGCAGUACAACGAGCACACUACAGGAAAGAACUACCUCCGAAAUACCAAACACAAAUAUUAAGGCUAGAAGAAAUCCAUCCUCACAGGCAUCUUGGUCCCGUUUCUCAAGGGAAAAAAGACGGAAGAUGCCGCUGAAGAUGGAUUUCUUCUAGCUCUAAAAAUAAUAAUGACACGAAGAAGAUGCUAAUCCAUCCGCAUCUUGUGCACCCCAGCACUAGUACACAGUUGAUCGAUAUGCUACUGACUCAGCUCGCACAGUGGAAAGCUCUGGCCUCGCAUUACCAGAAGUUUCUGUUGCAAAGUUCGCGCCUAAACAAAGUGAUCCUCGUCGAUCUUCUCGUGAACUCAGAGGCCAAUACGAAUUCAACAUCGAAUGCUCGGAUGUUGAUCACAGAGGCAGCAGCGGAGCACGAGUUGGGCAUCUUUCGCAAUAUCAUCUUGUACGUGUUUCGAACGCUGUUGAAUCUGAGCACGAUCGAAUUGCAGUGUGGCCUUUUCGUAGAAGCUGGGGAGCACGCUGCGGAGGCCAGUGUCCUCUGGUGCUCCAUGCUCACGGACCACGUGGUCUCGAUUCCCCAAUCUUGCCUUGCCCGCGUCGAUAUGGCCCACUUUCUUGAGCGCGAACGACAAAAUCGCCACCUCCGAACGAGAUCAUGUGCAAAGAUAAUCAUCGAGACACAACAUAACAACGACAACUACAACGACAGCAUACAUCAGCAUAACUCUUCUCAAUCUCAUCUACUAUCCAAUGGCGCCUCACACCGGAUCGAAGCGUUUGAUCAUAAGAAAAAACAUGAGAAUACGGUAGUAGCGUGUCAGGCUCGUAUGGCGAGGGAAUGCCGGAACUUCAAAUUUUAUUGGCAAACGACACUACUUUCACGCAUCAAUCCCCUAUUGCCACACGGGCUUGCUGUUCCUUUUGACCUGCAUGUGGCUCACCACGGUGAAACUGAAAACAACAUUAAGGCUUGGGAGUUGACAUCUCUAUGCGCAUCUCUAUGGCUAUCUCAAGUAGGAAAGCCAUAGAUGUGCGAGCUAGAGAUGCCAACUUUCAGCCCCUAACAACAACAGCAACAGCUACACUUGUAAAAACAAGGAUGUUGUAGAAGUUGAUCUUGUUCCCGCUCACAUGCCGCACCUAUUGCAUUGUUGCAUGAUCUGUGGCGUCCCGGGUCUUCGUUUUCGAGAGACGGAAACCGGCUAUCGGGUUUGCGCCAACGACAGCUACUUUAAGGGUAGGUUAAAGGUGCUUUUCUUACCGCUUUUUAUGCCUCUCCUAACCCUAGGGAGGAUGUCUCUCCCUUAGGAUGAGAAAGUAACCCUAAGGGAGAAAAGGGAGAAGAAAGGCAUAACAAUCUCCCUUAGGAUGAGAAAGGCAAAAGAUGAAGUGGGGUUCUCCCUUAGGAUGAGAAAGCCUCUCUUAACCCUAAGGGAGAAAGGCAUAACAAGUGGGGUAACGUAAGCGAGCACCAAGAAAAUAUAGCUACCUCUAACUACUGCCUCCUAACAGCGAUGGAACGCAAAGCGACUCAGAUCCGACGCGUGCGCUGGCGUAAGGAAGGCGCGACUAAACUCGAACCCAGUUGGCAGUGGUGCGGCGCACAAACCCGGCUACGCUUCGGGAAGCUGAGCAGCAUCGCGGUAGGGGCUCCGAAAAUUCUUCACCAUCUUCAUGUUGAUGAUCUUAAGGGUAGGUUAAAGGUGCUUUUGUUACCGUUUGUUAUGGCUCUCCUAAGGGGGACAGCCAUAACAAGCGGGAUUGACGAACACCAAAAACCUACCUCUAAUGAUCAUCUUCAACACAAGAAGAAGAAGAACCACAGUCAGCACUCAUCUAGUGCCUUGGACGAGGUGAAAAAAACUGGUGGCAAUGCGCAGACGCAUCUUGUCGAAAUACCACUCCAACUGUCUUCGACUGCACCAAGCCAGCAGGAGCAUCAGAAUGGCGAUCUUGACAAUGACGAUCUUGACAAUUUGAAUGCCGCAAACCAUCACUUUAUGAGUAUAGGAAAUCCAUCUCCAAAGUCUAAGUCAUCUGGACUAAGAAAAUAAGAAGGAAAAGGAACCCAGAUGAUUUGUGAGAUGAAUUCCCGAUACCUCUAAUCACUACAACAACGCGAUGAAUAAGUCUGAAGCAAAUUAUGGGAAUGGGAACAAUGGCCAUCAAUAUCACCACGUUGAUACGAUGAAGGGAGGAAAUGCUGUAGGAAAGAAACGAUUGGGAGAUCAUCAAGACUACAACUUUUUGACUGCUUCAAAGAUGCAGAAACUAGAAAACGGCCAUUUUGUGAAGCACCAGCACGACGUCGCCCUCAAGAAGAAUGUUCAUGUUCUUGACAACAAUCAUAAUGCAUCAGGCCGCGGUGGAACGACAGUGUUCUUGCAGCGUCCAGUGUACAUCUCUGUGCUAGCGUGCUUUCAGGAAAGUUCACAAGAAUUAGACUGUGGGGACAUUACGUCUACGGCAAUAGUAGAAAAAGUUUUGGUGAAAAUCAGCAGCGAUCAUGCAGAAGUUGUAGAUACUUCUUCAGGUGGGGGCGUCAAAGGAAACGGAACUGUUAAAAAUCGCUAUACACAUCAACAUAACCUCCACGGCAGGCACGCUUUGAAUAGGAAGGCCACCAAGCGCGGCGCAAACGCCCAGCACAUGGUUAGAAUGAGCUUACCGGACAAAGGUGGCAAGAUGAAGAACAAGAUGUCCACCUCAUCAAUGAAGGCAAGCCGCGUAGUGGAAGGAAAAAACGGCCAACAGCAACAGGAAAAUUACCACACGAACGGCCAACAGCAACAGCAUCAAGCAGAAGCACAAACGCGCAGAGAUGAUGAAGAUCCCUUUGCCGCCCCGAUUUUGGGCGUUCGCAAGACGCUUUGUUUUGACGGCGCGAAGCCUCGAACAAAAGCACAACAAAAGAGCGUUGCGGAUGAGAUCGCCGAGUACAAUCGUGAGCUUUCGUUCUUGCGCACUGCCGCUGCCAAGAAUUGCCGCUACAUCAUCGGUCUCGUCUGCAGCUAUGGAGGGGGAGACCAAGGGUCCUCGAGCUACUUGAAUCCGCGCGCUUUCGUGAUGGAGGUUGGGACCUGUGAUAUGACAGCUUGGCUCCGCGAAAAGCAGGAAGGAAGAAGUUUUGACAUUGGCAGAUAUUUCAAGAUGAUCUUACGCGGCACGAUGGAGGUGCAUCGCCGCAUUGGGGUCCUCAACGGCGAUGUCUCGAUUGAAAAUUUCGUCUACUGCCGUCGCAGCGACACGCUGAAGACGAUUGACUUGGGCGCUUGCCGCGCACAAGGAAAGGACUGCUGCAUGUACAAGAUUCAGUGGGUAGAGCCAGAAAGAGUGAAAUUUCCAGCCACAGCCGUGUUCACAACUACGAGUGCUCCUCCUGUUGCUACUACGACUACUUCUACGCACACUAAGACUUUCUCCAAGAGCAAGAACGUCGAUGAGGAAGACGAGGAGCAAGAGGUAAGUCCCCUGUUUCUCGAGACGGAUUCACUGUGCAUAGCCGAUGUUCCAUUUCGCAACCUCCUCGGUAAAGAAGACGGCUUGGUCUUCUCAUCUGACGGCUGCCUUCUUGGAACCGAUGAAAAACUACAAGGAACUUGUUCGAGUGGAGACGAAGAAGAAGAUGAACAAGCUGUUUCCGGUGCGACAAAAACGAAGGCUGGAAAAGCAAAAAAAGAUCUUCUGGAUGAAGAAGAUGAAGACGAUGAAGGUGAGGAAGAGGACGACGAAGGCGAUGGAGGUUUGCUUACAUUUGAGUUCAAUCCGGUGACCGAAAAGAGUGAUUAUUGGGCAUGCGGAAUCAUCCUGUACAAGAUGGUUUUCGGCAUUGACUCGAACCCCACAACCGACCUACUCCUGGAACGGCAUCUGCGCGAAAAAAUCUUCCACGAACAACACGAUCUUCAAGGAAAAACAAGUACUGGUGAAGCGAGGGAAAAUAGAGAUCAACAUAAAACCCUUCCCCACUGGCUCGAAACCUUGCCUUGGCUAGCUGAUUUGUACCCCUUACAGCUCCAGAGGCAACUGUCAAGUAAAGAGCGAUCCGACAUGGCGAACCACCUGGUUGAGGACGAAUAUGGCGAGCUGCUUCUCCAGAUGCGCUUAUUCAGACGGCAAGCCGAAAGCAUCGCGCUGUACUUUGGAAAACGCGAGGAUCACGUCCUCCACGAAAGGUUCAGUUUCCAACUCCCGUCGCAUGCAGCGUGGUCAUCCUCAGUGAGGACCGAGGAAUUUGAGCCUGCGCUAAAAUGCAUCCUCAAUCUGGACGUUGCGUCUCGCGACGCGAGUGACUGUGAGCGACUGUUGCCUUCUGUGCUGCCUGGUGAGGAAUACAGCGACGCGGACGAUCUUGGAUGCUAAGUAGUUAAACUCUCUCUCUCGUCUGACUCUCUUAUGGCUUAAGUAGGCCUACUAUAGAGAGUACGGCUGAGGCUUACUAUAUAGAGGAUGGCUUAGGCUUACUAUGGAGAGCAUAAGCACUAGCACCUUGUUUACCCCUUUUAUCAUGGAUUACCACCUCCUAGUAAGAAACUUGCUUAGUGGAUGACACCACGCUGGUGGACGCGGAGAAAUCGAUUUUACUGAGAAGAAUUUACUGAGAAUACUCAUGACCCUGUAGUUGGAAGAUGAUCUUGAUCUUCGAACAGAAAUAUGUAGACCUGCUAUUUAGAUCCUACCUAUUCAAUCUAAAAACGCAUGAUGUAGUUGUGCCGCGAGCACUUAAUUUUCAAAAACGUACGAGUAUUUUCCUCGAUUUUGAAUUACACUUAGACAUAGAAAAAUAGAAAUACUAUACGCUUCACGAUGAAAACAAAAAGUGCAGCAUUAAUUCCUUUCUUCGAUAAUUCGAAAGCAAAAUGAAAGUGAAAUUAUAAAUGUGAAUCAUUGUUUAUUGACGAUGGAAGCAAGUGAUUUUUUCGUGUAGAUAAUUUUUGAUAUGAUAGAUGAACAAGGUCGUGUAAUAUGGUCAAUAGACGACGUUGCAAGAAAUAUUUGAGAGAAGUCGGAGUGGGGUAUUUAUUAGUAUGACGAUCUUCAAAAAUGUUGGAAGAUCAUGAUGUUCCUAUUCAUCCGAAAGAAACAUCAGAACGCAUAGACUACAUACCCACGGCAAUAUUUUCGAUUUCGAUCGAGUCUGAAGAAUGAACAGGAAUG